CAUUCGUCUCAAAUUAAAACCAAAACACGGAAAUUUUCAAUUGAUUCCAUUAAUUAAGGCGUUCUCCGAAGUUAAUCGUCACGAAAAAAGCCCAAAAGCGAUGUCUGAAGCCUCCGUGUCUGCCAAGGCAUACGCCAAAAUCCUCCUGCAUGCCGCCAAAUAUCCGCAUCUUGCGGUAAACGGGCUCCUGCUGUCCGACAAAAGUGACAAAUCCCGAAGUCCCGCAAUUGUCGAUGCCAUUCCGAUGUUCCAUCAGUGCGUGCAUGUGACUCCCAUGGCAGAAAUCGCCCUCAUUCAAGCUGAGGCACGCGCUGCCAAGGAAAAUCUUCAAAUCGCCGGGUACUAUGCUGCUGCGGAAAACUUUUACGACAACACCUUGGAUCGCGUUCCGGGUCUCCGAGUUGCGGAAAAAGUCGCCGAAUUCAAUGCGAAUGCGUAUCUCGUGCUGGUCGACAAUCGUCUCGUGUCGAUGGACAUGAGACAACCGGCUCUGCGUUUGUGGCAGUGGAACGAGACCAAAUGGGGCGUCGCCAAAUAUUCGCUGCACGAUCAAGAAGAAACGCUGGGAGCCGUGUCGUCGCUUUUGCAAGAUGGAGCCAUGAAGGAAUUGGUGGAUUUCGAUAAUCACUUGGAUAAUCCGGAGAAAUUUGAGAAUCCGUUGACGAAUGUGCUGCAAAAUCAGAUUGAGCUUUAGUGGUUGUUGAUGUUCGUGGCGAAAUAUUGCUUCGUGGCGAUGAUUUUGUCAUUUGUGGCGUUUAAAUUGACUACUUUGGACUAAAGAUUUGCAUUUUAGUUUGUAAUUUGUAAGGAAUUUUUAUUUAGUUUCGAAUAAAAGACUUUAUUAGGUGAAUUUAUGGAAACAUCGGAGAAAUUUUGUGUGUGC